AUGGGAAAUCUGCUCAAAGUCCUUACCAGGGAAAUUGAGAACUAUCCACACUUUUUUCUGGAUUUUGAAAACGCCCAGCCCACGGAAGGCGAGCGGGAGAUAUGGAACCAGAUCAGCGCAGUCCUCCAGGAUUCCGAGAGCAUCCUCGCAGACCUGCAGGCGUACAAGGGCGCGGGCCCAGAGAUCCGAGACGCCAUUCAAAAUCCCAAUGACAUCCAGCUUCAAGAAAGAGCAUGGAAUGCAGUGUGUCCUCUGGUGGUGAGGCUAAAGAGAUUUUAUGAGUUUUCCAUAAGGCUAGAAAAAGCUCUUCAAAGUUUAUUAGAAUCUCUGACCUGUCCACCCUACACGCCAACCCAGCACCUGGAGCGAGAGCAGGCACUGGCCAAGGAAUUUGCGGAAAUCCUGCAUUUUACCCUUCGAUUUGAUGAGCUGAAGAUGAGGAACCCGGCUAUUCAGAAUGACUUCAGCUACUACAGGAGGACAAUAAGCCGCAACCGCAUCAACAACAUGCACCUAGACAUUGAGAAUGAAGUCAAUAACGAGAUGGCCAAUCGAAUGUCCCUCUUCUACGCGGAAGCCACGCCCAUGCUGAAAACCCUUAGCAAUGCCACAAUGCACUUUGUCUCCGAAAACAAAACCCUGCCAAUAGAGAACACCACAGACUGCCUCAGCACUAUGACGAGUGUCUGUAAAGUCAUGCUGGAAACACCGGAGUACAGGAGCAGGUUUACGAGCGAAGAAACGCUGAUGUUCUGCAUGAGGGUCAUGGUGGGGGUCAUCAUCCUCUACGACCACGUCCACCCCGUGGGAGCUUUCUGCAAGACAUCCAAGAUUGAUAUGAAAGGCUGCAUAAAGGUUUUGAAGGAGCAGGCCCCGGACAGUGUGGAGGGGCUGCUGAAUGCGCUCAGGUUCACUACAAAGCACUUGAACGAUGAGUCGACUUCCAAACAGAUUCGGGCGAUGCUUCAGUAA